AUGAAUAUAUCGCACUUAUCCUUCCCACUCGAAUCAUCUCUGAAAGAUACUAGAAUCCCAUUGCUUGAUCCAAAUGACCAAGGCUAUUCUGACUCUCAAAGCUUAAGUAUUAUUUCUCGUGAAUUUAGUAAAGAAGGCCAAAUCUGUCCUGUAUGUAACGAUUAUUCAUCUGAAAUCAUAAUUUUUAACAUAUGCAAGCAUUCGUUCUGUAGCCGAUGCAUAAAGCUAUAUAGAAGUUUCCUAUGUUUGGCGCUGUAAGGCCGAUAAAUUCUGAUCGGAAUUUAUCGGUAGGUUGCACCAAAUCAAUGCCUUGGUCGGACCAAAAAGCGAUUUGGUCCGACGAACUUGGAAAGCUCCUGGGAAAAUGUUUGCGCUUUUAGCGCUAUAUAGAGGAAACCUCUAUACCUUUCGACUCAGAUUACACAGUCAUCUGUGCUAUGAAUAAAAUGCCUUCAAUAUGGUUGCCCAGAGCCUGUUCCUAUAGAAGUGAUCUAUAGCCAUCUAACUCCAAACCUGAAAACCCUUUAUGAAAAACUUAAAACGCGGUCAGAAAUUUAUAAAAAUGAGCAUUUUAGAUGAUGCCCAGCACCUAAUUGUGAAGGCUAUGACAAUGGAACAAUAAAAAAGCACAAAUUAACAUGCAAUCAAUGCGGAUUUCUGUUUUGCUAUUACUGCAACCAAGCCUGACAUGGAUCAAAAAAAUGCAAUAAUGGCAAUGAUUAUCAGUUCGAAAAAUGAGCAAAUGGAAAUAAAGUUAAAUAUUGCCCCAACUGCAGGCUAAAAAUAGAAAAAGAUGGCGGCUGUCCAGAGAUGAUAUGCCCAAAUUGCAACUAUGCUUGAUGCUGGAUAUGUGGAAAAGAAAGAAAUGCUAAUUACCAUGAUGAAAUGUUUUGCUUAAUUGGAUUAAGCAAGUGAGAGUUUUAUUGAUAUAUAAUAUUUGCUGGGAAUAAAGCAUUAUUUUUAACUAAUAAUUAUCAUAAUUUCAUAUAUAUAAAAUAGGAUGAAGAUUAUCUAUUAAUAGCUUUCUAUUAUUGAGAAUAAAGUUAAGGUUAUGCUAAUCAUAAGUAGGUAAACCCAAUAGCCGUCGCUCACCUUGACUUCAAAGGGAAAAAUAAGUUUCCCUCUUCGGCUGGGCUUCCCAAAACCUGUGAGCCUUCUUCAAGAAUUGGAGUAUGUCCAUUUUUCAGCUUCACCAGGAUAUGUCCUACCUGCUCCAUAAGGAGUGCGCCUCGGAGUCCUUCUUCAAUCAACGUUACUAUUAUUUCUAUAUUGAGAAUAGACAUGUCAUUUUUGGUAUGAUUUUUGCACCUGCUCUAUUACCUUUUAGUGUAUUGGUGUUUUUUGUGAUUAUGAUUGAAAUAUUCGGAGAGAGAUUUGAUGACGCAGAUGAAAUGGUAAAAUAUUUGGCUAGCUUUCCCUUAAGAGCGUGCAAAAAGAUUACUUUUUUGGCUUGUAAACAUAUUUUUAUAUAGAUUAAUUUUAUAUAAAUUAACAUUGUCAUAAUAUUGAGCUUAAUUCUAAAACAUAAAUUUAUAGUUAAUCUGUAUGCCCUUAAUCAAGUUUUUAAAUAUAAAAAUUUUAAAAAAAAAUUACCCUAUUAUAAGCCAAAGAAAAAAAUUUUCGCUCUUUAAGGGGGUUACUUCACACGACGACUAUUUCAUAACGAUUAUUUUUUUGUUGGCCUGGCCUAUUUUUUUUUUCAUCUAUUUUUUUUUGGCCUAUUUUUUUUUGGCCUAUUUUUUUUUUUAGCCUAUUUUUUUGGGCCUAUUUUUUUUCACCUUUUUUUUCUUUGGCCUAUUUUUUUUUAACAUAUUUUUUUUUGGUCUAUUUUUUUUGGCCUAUUUUUUUUUGGCCUAUUUUUUUUUACCUAUUUUUUUUUGGCCUAUUUUUUUUUGGCCUAUUUUUUUUUGGCCUAUUUUUUUUUGGCCUAUUAUUUUUUGCCUUUUUUUUUUGCCUUGCCUCAUUCAUGAAGCUGCUGAGCGGACUAAAACCUUAUUGAGAAACAGAAACUUUUCCUUGCGCGAUUAAUAUUGAGUAAAGUAAGUGGAAAACUCCUAAUUAAAUCUAAAAUUCUCGAAAUUUUAAAAGCAAAUAAUUGGUAUUCAUUGAGUAAGAAAUCUGUUAAGGGUGCAUUUUUUAUUGGCUAAAUCGUUUAAAACACAUUAAAAAUUAUAUAUUAAAAUGAUUAGUAUAGAAUUAUGGGCAAAUAUUAGUAAAAAAUAGCUAAAAAAUUGUCAAAAAAAGGCCCAAAAAAAAAAUAGGUGAAAAAAAAAAUAGGUGAAAAAAAAAUAGGUGAAAAAAAAAUAGGCCAACAAAAAAAUAGUCGUUACGAAAUAGUCGUCGUGUGAAGAUACGCUUAAAGGGAGGGACAUGCAAGAAAAAAUGGCUACUUUAUUCUAUAGCUUUUGUAUUUUCGCCUAUUAUUGUUGUAUUGAUGAUGGUAUCAUUUGCUUUUAUAAUUGGCUUACGUAUAUCAAAGCUUGGGCAUAGAAAUGGAUACUAUGCGUGAUGGCUGUCAGUAUUUUUUGGAUUUCUUAAUCCCCCUUUAAAUUUGAACAAAUAUCGGUAUGAUUCAAUUGUUUUGGAUACAUUAAAACCCUUUAAAUUGGAGCAAAUUUAUUUUGCAAAAGGAAAUUUUAUAAGUAAAAAAUAGUAAACUAAUUUUGACUUGAUUUAAUACAAAAGUGUAAGUAAAAUGCUAUUAAAACAAUUUUUUCUUUGUAUCGAUUAUUCUUUAUAAAAUAAAUUAAAAUCUAUAAAAUAUCGCACUCAAUUUUUGAUUGUUUAAAAAUUUUUUAUAUAGGAAAAAUUUAUUAUAAUUUUUUUAAAAAAAAGAAAAUUAACUCCCUUUUGAUUUUUAUUCCAAUUUAAAGGGAAAGUUAUAGGAGUUGUAUUGUUUAUAGCAUUUGUUUUCAUAUUAAUUGCGCUUAGUAUUGCUGCACCGUUAUGCGGAUUUUUCUUUUUCUUAUUGAAGCUAUAUUUUAUUUUUAAAAGACUAACUAGCAAUGAAAUUAAAGUUGAAGAAUACCCUAGGAGUUUAGUCUAA